CAUAUCAUCAACAUAAUUAUACAUGUGACAAAGUGAAAGUAAUCUGCAUUUCAUUCCCACUGAGCCAACACAAAUUUACAAAUUACAUGCACUAAUUUUGUAGCUUAUUUCGAAAUAUCCAAAAUGUUAUUUUUGAAAACUACACGUACUUAAAUGCAUAAUGCAUUUCAUUUACAUAACAGUUAUAUUAAUUGAUUAAUUUAUUGCUGUCUAAGAAUUAAUUACGGGGAUAUAUCCGAUUUGUUUGAAUUAUGCAGUUCUUACGAAAACGUUGUGAACAUUCUAGAAAAGGUUUUUCAAGAACUAAAAUGCAUAUACUCACACGGGAAAACAGUGUUCACUUUUGCUAUUUUAUACUUCUAUCAGAAAUCACGACAACCAAGCUUUUCCAACAGAAUGCCGCUUUUUAUAUAUGCUAUUGCGACAUGGAUACACAUCGAACUGUAUUCGAUUUCAUUUCAAAAAGUAUCAGUUUUCAAACUAAGUAGAGAAUUGCAUUGGUAAGAUACUAUAAAUACGUUGAAAUUUUAUGUAGUAGGAAAUGACCUUUAAUACCAUGAAGUCUAUCAUCCUACUGUGUUUAUGUGUUGUCCUACCGGACAGAUCCAACACGGACAAAGUCCAUCCAACAAUCCACAAAAAGCUGCAACAUCAACUAAAGAACGUUUCGUGGUCUUGGAAACUCACAGGAUCGAACAUUGAAAACAAACACCCGGUUUCCUUCAAUGUCAAAGUUGUAUCCACCUAUAAAGUCACUGGGAUGUUCAAAAACCUCAAGUACCGGGACUGCGCAACCAUACUGAAGAAGAGACCAAAUACAAGAAAGGAGGACGGAGUGUAUUGGAUUUACCCAGACCUCAAAACAAAGAAACAAGUGUACUGUGACAUGACAACAGAAGGAGGCGGAUGGACGGUUUUACACAAAAGACUAGAUGGGUCGACAGAUUUUUACAGAGACUGGAAAGCGUACAAAACUGGAUUUGGUAAUGCCAAUCACAAUUAUUGGAUAGGAAACGACGUUCUACAUUUGCUGACCAAGUCCGGAAACCACGUCCUUCGUGUGGACCUUCAGAAAUUUAACGGUCAGAAGGCGUACGCUAAAUACUCCAAGUUCUUUGUUGGUGACGAAAGCAGCAAGUACAGACUGACUGUAUCUGGAUACAGGGGCACGGCAGGGGACAGCUUCAGCAACCACAAUGGAAUGAAAUUUUCAACAAAAGAUCAAGACAACGACAAAUAUAGUGGAAGUUGUGCGACGCUUUAUAAAGCAGCGUGGUGGUAUAACCAAUGUUAUAAUUCCAACCUGAAUGGACAGUAUGCUAACUCCGCCGUGGUCAGUGACAAGUACCUUAACUGGUAUUUCUGGGGGAAUAAAUACGAAGCAUUGAGACGAACAUCCAUGAUGAUCCGGCCAUGCUUAAGAAAAAACAUGCCAAAAGAAAAAUCAACGAGGGCGAAAAAGAAGAAGGGAGGUGAAGUUAUGACAAAGGGGCGGACAAAUAAAAAUGUGGAAGGACCAGUUGAAUUUCAAGAGCAGACGACAAUGGAGACAUCAACAAAUAAUGGAUUUGAGGGAGAAAUGGAUGUAUCACCCAGAGAUGAACCAUCGGGAUUCCGCAUGGAGAAUUCCAGGGAAACCAUUCGAGGUACACAGGGCAUAGAUAUACCAAAUAUGGUCAACAGUUACAACAAUGUCAUUGGACUUAAUGUUUCACAAGAAAUUAAAAACAAAAUAAGGAUUGCAUUGGCGAGGUAUUAUAAAUAUUUUGGAAUUUUUAAUCUUAGCAAAGCAGUCUAUGACACCAUGAAGUAUACCGUACUAUUGUGUUUCUGUAUUCUUCUACUGGGAAAAUCAAAGACGGACACGGUGCAUCCAACGAUUCAGAAGAAUUUACAACAGAAACUGAAGAACACUCAGUGGUUGUGGAGACUCGCGGGAUCCCACAUUAAGAGUCUCCACCCCGUCUCCUUCAAUGUAAAAGUUGUUUCCACUUACAAUGUUACUGCUCGGAUGUUUGAAAAGAAAUAUCUAAAAUUCAAGUACAGAGACUGUGCAGCCAUAUUGAAGAAGAAUCCCUAUAGAAAGAAUCUGAACGGAGUGUAUACGAUUUAUCCGGAUCUUAAAACAAAGAAGCACGUGUAUUGUGACAUGACAACAGAAGGGGGCGGAUGGACGGUCAUCCAGAAAAGAUUAGAUGGGUCGACGGAUUUCUACAGGGACUGGAGAGCUUACAAAUCUGGAUUUGGAGAUCCCAGGAGAAAUUAUUGGAUAGGACACGACGUCCUACACUUGCUGACAAAGUCAGGUAACCAAGUCCUCCGUGUUGACCUUCAGAAAUUUAGCGGUCAGAAGGCGUACGCCAAGUAUUCCAGGUUCUCUGUUGGUGACGAAAGCAGCCAAUACAGACUGACUGUGUCAGGAUACAGCGGCACGGCAGGGGACAGCCUAGCCUAUCACAACGGGAUGAAAUAUUCUACCAAAGAUCACGAAAAUGACAAUGAUGUAACACACUGUGCCAGGUAUUACAAAGCAGCAUGGUGGUAUAACAAAUGUUAUCAUUCCAACCUGAAUGGACAGUAUGCAAACUCCGCGAUAAUCAGUACCAAGUACAUUGCCUGGUAUCAAUGGGGAAAGAAGUUCGAAGCACUGAAAAGAGCAUCCAUGAUGAUUCGACCUCGACAAUAAAUACAGAUAGUCAAUAAAGCUAUAUACAUGAAUGUA